AGUCUGACUUUGACUACCGUGUGUGAUGUUCUGAAGCAGUACGUUGCUCGGUAGUUUUUUUUUGCGAAUAACAAAAACGAAUUUUUAAUUUUUUUUUUAAUUCUUGUGAGACGUUUGGAAAAAGUGGUGUUUCGUAUGGUUAUGUCAGAGACGGGGGGACUGGCAAUGCACCAGUUACCAAUGCAUCACAGGGGGUUGGUUCAACCUAGCCUCGUCAUGAAUCCUCAUCCUUUGACAGACUCUUGUUCCGUCGAAUCACAAAACAAAAAGAAUCGAAGAACCAGUCACUGUGUAGGAUGUGGAGGACAAAUACACGAUCAGUACAUCCUGAGAGUGGCACCUGACCUCGAAUGGCACGCGGCGUGUUUGAAAUGUCAAGAGUGUCAACGUUUCUUGGACGAAUCGUGUACUUGUUUCGUACGAGACGGAAAAACUUACUGCAAAGUCGACUAUGUAAGGUUAUUCGGCACCAAAUGCGACAAAUGCGGUCUAUCGUUCAGCAAAAGUGACUUUGUGAUGCGCGCGAAAAGUAAAAUCUACCACAUAGACUGUUUCAGGUGUCGAGCUUGUGCUAGACAAUUAGUACCCGGUGACGAAUUCGCGUUGCGCGACGGCGGCAUUCUAUAUUGCAAAGAAGAUCACGACGCCAUGGAAAAAACUUCUACGCCGUCGAUGGGACAUACUCCGGGCGCGGAGAGCAACAACAACACCAGCUUGAGUAACAAUAAUCACAAUAGUAACUCCACGGAGCUGGGAUGCAUGUCUGAUUCCGGAUCGGAAAGCGGAUCUCACAAAGGCGGUAACGGUGUGCGCAAAUCCGGAAGUGGUACGGGAACGACGGGCGGUACCGGAAGUGACGGUAAACCGACGCGAGUUCGUACAGUGCUCAACGAAAAGCAACUACACACGUUACGUACUUGCUACGCGGCUAAUCCACGACCUGACGCAUUGAUGAAGGAACAACUCGUCGAAAUGACCUCACUAUCGCCGAGGGUCAUAAGGGUUUGGUUCCAAAAUAAGAGAUGCAAGGACAAGAAGAAGACGCUAGCCAUGAAACAGCAGAUGCAGCAAGAAAAGUAUUAUUCACAGGACGGACGUAAAAUGGGUUACGGGGCGAUGCAGGGUAUCCCGAUGGUAGCGUCUUCGCCAGUACGACACGAUUCCCCGAUAGGAGUUCACCCGUUAGAAGUCCAAGCGUACCAACCUCCUUGGAAAGCUCUAUCCGAUUUCGCACUACACGCAGAUCUAGAACAACCUCACCAACCCGCCUUUCAACAUCUAGUCAAUCAGAUGCACGGCUACGAUCUACCACCACCUGCGAUGGGUCCUUCGCCCGGAGGCGGUCCCCCGCAUCCUUUAAUGGGAUCUGGAGGCGUACCCGUUCCGCCUCCGUCGGAUUCGAUGACGCACCCGGACAGUACGGAUAGUUACGUAACAUAUCUGGAUAGCGACGAAAGUCUCCCGGCUAGUCCCUAACAUCCCAAUGCCAUGGGGAUCGACUAGCGCUUCGCGUCUUGGGCAGCCUGCUGGAAGGCGCUGUUAGUUAGACAUUUGACCGCCUACAUGCCUUCUUCAUAGGGGUUACAGUUGAACGUGUUUUAGCGGCGACGCUCAGUAAGUUCGGUUAUAAAAUUUUCUCUAUUAUUGCUAAAAAAAUCAAUAUUUUCAAAUAGCACGUCUAAAAAAAUUCUCUUUUCAUUAUAAAAUUUACUUGAAAAGUGUUUUCCUUCCCAUGUCUGAUCCUUCAGGACGCCCGCCGGCUUCAACUGACUCGAAUCUUGUCCGUUUUAAUGCAGAUGUGACCUUAGGAACGUAGUAAAAGUCGCACGGUACUAGAUACGGCGAUCGCGGUGGAUAAAUCUAACACUGGGAUGUUAUUCUUGGUUAGAAACCUCUUGACGGACAGUGAGGAAUGAGGCAACUAUUUCGCACACACUUUUCGCAUUUUCAACUUUCGAUGUAAAAUUUUAUCGAUAUUUUCGACGGUUUUGACUUGAAAGGGCGACCCAAACGUAAAUCAUCUUCAAUAACUUCUUUGCUAUCUUGGAAACGUUUAAACCACUCGAAAACACGUGGACGCGACAAACAUUCUUCGCCAUACACUUGUUUCAAUAAAUUACAACUUUAAGUUCCAGUUAUUUCAUGUUUUAUGUGAAAUUUCACAACAAUUUGUUGCAUUUUUCAUGUCAAAACAAAAAAUAUACACAAACGAAGGUCGCGGCUAUACUGGUUUAUCUACAGGCUAAUCAACUGACUGUCGCUAACAUUUGGCGCAUGUUGCAGUGCUAGUCUCGUUACAUAAUAACCAAACCUCGUAUAUUUGAUAUUAAUGGGAAACCAAACGAUUUGUUAACUCUUCAAGGUACUUGAUACUUGCUAUUGAAAUAAUUUUUUUCUGAUCAAACUAUUGGAAUUUCGUUUGGUUUGGGUUGUGAAAUAAUAAACUUUACCAGCUGUUGAAACUCAGGAAAAGACAAUUCCUCGUCCCAAAAUUUAGAGGUUUGGGAAAUAAAAGUCCCCUAGAUGCCAAAUUCAGAAAUAUUUCCUCAAAUUCAAAUUUUUCAUUCCAAGGACCUUCGAAACUUCCCUAAAUAAAGUUUUAGUUUUUUUUAGACGUUUUGAUGUUCGAAAUUUCCUUUUUUGAGUACCUCUCUUUAAAAAAGAUUUCUCUCUCAGAAUAGUGUCGCUCCCAACGCAUUUGAACAUUCUCGACCGUUUCCUUGAACAACUGUCUCAAUAAAACACCAAUACCUGACCCAGAGGAAUUCCAAAUUACCGUUCUUUCAUUGCCCUCUUAAUUUCCUAAUGGUAUACAAUCAACCUAAUCUUCUAUGAUAUACCUGGUAGUACAUUUCAGGAUAAAACCAACAUACCUACAUUCUUCCACCACCUCCUUGCUCCCAUUUUUUGGAAUUUGUACAACUUGUCAUGACAUAUUACUCCAAAAUCACACAAAAUAUCUAACAAGAUAAAAUUAUUUUUUUUUGUACGUUUUUAGCGACCACGCCAUGUACCCUCACAUUGCAAAAUACAUAAUACAAAUGCAUUUUUUUCCAUUUUUCGACUGUUUCCCCAAAAA